ACGGAAAGAAACGGAAGUCUAGAGUAAAGAUUUGUCGCACUCAUUCGUGGCUGAAACAGCUCGUGAUGAGAGGGAUUUAAAUGCGACAUGGGGGGCAGGUGAAUGUUUUUGGUUGUUUGAAGGAGACAGCAGGGCCGAAAGCGGGUGAUGGAGGGAGGGACAGAGAGAGACGCAAAGCACGAGACAAUGAAACACUGGGCGUUUGAUGUCGGCUGCGCGUGAAAGGACUGUAGCCCGAGAUGCAACAUUGUUUCCAAUCAGGUCUAUUGAUCAGUCGUAAUGGCCAGGGGACGUGAGUGAAAAGGAGCGCAAGUCAAUCUGUGUGUCUCUUCAUGGCAGACGGCAUGAUGGUGUGUUUGCGGUUCCACAGGAGAAAGUCGGUGUGGGCCGCUGUGUGUGUGCUCGUGCUCUGCUGGCUCUACAUCUUUCCUGCGUACCGGAUACCGAGUGAUAAAGACAUCGUAGAAGAAGUGCUGCACCAGGGCCAGGCAUGGACCAAGAACCAGACGGGCAUCGACCUGUACAGGAAUCUGCUAACUGAAUGCUGUGACCCAAAGAGGACGUUUGCGGUGACCAAGGAGAAUUCACAGAUUGGCAAAGUCCUGUGGUAUGAUGGCGAGCUCCACUACUACCAUACGGUCAACAAUGAGACUUUCCCAUUAUUCGUACAGGAUAUUCCUUUUCAACUCCCACUGAAGAAGUGUGUGGUGGUGGGUAAUGGUGGAGUUCUGAAGAACAGCGGCUGCGGCAAAGAAGUCGACCAGGCUGACUUCGUAAUGAGAUGUAACCUGCCCCCACUGUCCAAAGAAUAUAUUGAUGACGUAGGCAGGAAGACCCAGUUAGUGACCGCUAAUCCCAGUAUUAUAGAGAAGAGCUUUCAGAGCCUGCUGUGGUCUCGCAAGGCUUUUGUGGAAAGCAUGAAAGCCUAUGGCUCCAGCUACAUCUACAUGCCUGCCUUCUCCAUGAAGCCCGGCACAGACUUGUCCCUGCGUGCCUACUAUGCACUGGCUGAUUCAGGGUCGAACCAGACAGUACUGUUCGCCAAUCCAGACUUCCUAAAGAACGUGGGACGCUUCUGGAAACACCGUGGCGUACACGGCAAACGUCUUUCCACAGGCCUCUUCUUGGUGAGCCUGGCACUGGGAUUGUGCAACGAAGUGACAGCAUUCGGCUUCUGGCCAUUUGCACUGGGCCUCGACCACCAGCCUGUCAGUCAUCACUAUUAUGACAACGUCCUGCCUUCUUCUGGGUUCCAUGCAAUGCCAGAGGAGUUCCUACAGCUCUGGCAUCUCCACAAGAGUGGUACCCUGAGAUUGCACCUGGGCCCCUGCACUCAAAAAAAUGACCACAUGUAGGAUGAUGUAUUCUCUGUUUAAAAACAAAACAAAAAAAUAAUCUGUCACCCUGAACUACUCUUCAGAUUAGCAUGAGAAGAAAAGAGUGGCUGGAGCCCCGCCUCUAUCCCAAAACCCAUUGAACUGAUUCUACCCCUAGUGUCUGCUUGAUUCCUGUGGGUAGACACUCGAUAGCCCCACCAAACACAUGCAGGCACCCACACACUUUCUUUUUGGUUGCCAAGGGACUGUCUCAUUCUUGCCAAGAGUGAUGCGAGUGUGUCGAGUGGGGUAGAAGCGUGGGCUGGUAUAAAGCUGUAGCUGCAUUUACAGCAGCUGUUCUCCCAGAUCUUUCUUUCUUCCCCCCCCCCCGGAACCUGAACAAAGGCAUGAGGAGGCAUGUAUGGAACAGGUAAUUAAAGACAUCUUAAAUGUUCCCUGAAAAAAAGGAGAAGAAAUGAGAACAGCAGAAGUUUUGCCAAGACGACAUAUAGCCAUGACUGUAGUGUAUGGGAUUUGAUGAGGAUGAGAAAUGGGGAAAAAAAAAAAGGUGAAACAAAGAGUUUCUUUUUUUUCUUUUUAGUUGCAGCAUUCUGCGAAUAAAUAGUUUUUAAUUAGAAUAAACAGGGGUAUUCUUCUAUUAAUAUUUCUUUCUCUCUUUUUUUGUGAUUAUUCACAACGUUGAAGCUGAGGUCCUUACUUUCUCAAAACAGGAAAUGUGAACAUUUGGGUGUAAAAUGAAUGUAUUGUCAAUGCACUAGUGUACAGUCACAAUUUGAAUAUUAGUUCAGUAGAUUCAGGUGUUCUGUGAAAUGCUUUGUUUUGAUCAUAUUGGUGUAUGUUUCAGUCAUCGGAUGGAGCGCUUUAGAAAAGCAGUAAAACAUGCUUUGACAUCUUCAGAUCAUCAUCAGAAAUGAAAGUAAAAAUGUCAGACAGGCAUCAAGUAAUUCUCAGUUUUGCAUCAUGAGCGCAUUAGUAGAAGCUCAUUUUUGUGAUGAUUACAGAAGGAUUUUGCCAGUGGAGGUGAUGUGAAUGUCUUGACAUCUGUGAAAUACACCCUGUGUCCGAAAUCACUCCUGACUCACUAUAUAGUGAGGUCACCAUUUUGUAGUACUGUCCAAAUGUAUAGUGAGCAUUAUUACACCCUAUAUAGUGCACUCAAAGUAUCCCACAAUGCAUCACGAAAAGUAGUGUACAACCGAUGGUCACUAACCAAAGCAAUAUAUCCCAUCAUGCGUUGCAGUCGCACUGAAAUAAAUCAAAUCAAAAGCCUCAAAUUUGAUUUAAUAAAAGGCAGCGGCAAAGAAGAAAGUAUUCAGCCUCGAUUUAAAAGAACUGAAAGAUGCAGCAGACACAAAGUACUUUGUAUUUAUUAAUGUGGGAAAUACACUCAGUAUAAUAUGGAUUUAUCACAAAAAUGCAUGCAUGUAUUUAUUAUUUUGAAAACCCACCAGCUGACUGAUCUGGCACAUUUUAAUUGUGUGACAGUAGUGACAUAAAUAACAGCGCGACAGAGUAGUGUCCAAAAGCUUUUUUCUUUUUUUUCAUUUUACCAAUGAGCUCACUAUAUAGUUCUGUAUAUAGUAAUUCCCUAUAUAGGGAGUAGUGAACGAUUGAGUGAUUUCGGACACAGAGACAGUCUUGCUUUGAUAAUGUGAGUGAUUUUCUGUGAUGAUGAUGAUGAUAACCUGCUGUUGGUUCGAGCAUCUAAAUCGUCAUUGGUACUACUGGGGCAUUAAUGCUGCCUGCGACUGCUCAGGUGCUGGACACCUGGUCCUGGACUACAGCCUGGACAUAAAUGUAAUGAUUCCUCUGAAUGUAAAGGACGUUUUGGGCUGUGUAGCCUAUCAAGUUUCCAGUUCUUAACUAAAUUCUACCUGUAAAACUUGCAUUUUAUCUGGCUUUUGUCAUCUCAUAAUCAAACGAAAGAACACCUUUAGUUUUCCUUUUUCCUUUGUAGGUCUUGUAGGUGCUAGUUUUGAUAUAUCAUCUACUCAUAGCCUUUAAAAGCCUGUAUAGUGUUUUCUUUUGUAAUCUAAUUAUUUCUGAAAGGACUUGAAGAAUGUGCUUAAAGUUGAAAUGUAUAAAUGCAUCAGCACUGUUUAACACGCAUCCUUAUUACUGAUCAUUAUCACGUUCACAAGCAGUACUAAUUCAAUGAAUAAAAUGCAUACACACUCAUAGAGAUGCUUGGGGUUUGCUCACGUCCAAGCACGUAUCCGUCCUCAUUGUCUCUAUUCCAUCUGUUCACAUUCCUUGAGAGGUCGAGUGCCUUUUUAAUGUGAAGGGGGGGGACAAAGAGAGAGACACCAGCAGAAGUAGAUAAGGACUAUUUCUCUUGCCUUCACUUUUUUCGUUCCUUGCUGGCAACUCUCCACGUUGAUAAUCUGUUACUGGAUAUUGGAUUAAAUCCAGCAGGACCUUAAUAUAAAACCAUGGGUGUUUCAAGGACUCUUAUCAGAAGCUGGUUACAAAUGGACCAAGUCGAGAGUCUACCUUGUUGUCACUCAGUUGCCAUUUCAAAGCGUGUCUUGUGUGAUUAUAACUGGGAGAAACUUUAGAAAAGACAGUGGGCAUUUGAAUUUCUGUUCUUUGCACCUUUGUCCUGUUCAGUAUUGUGAAUGACUGAGAUUAUUGCUUGUACAGCAGCCUGCAUGACUGUGGUAUGCGUAUUUGAUUAGGAAACUAAGUUUGAGUUAAGGAUUUUUUUUUAAAUGCUUAUAGUUUGAUAAACGUUUCUGCCCCUUUCUGAGCCAUGUUAAGCUGUGUACCCAAAGUGUAACAGUGCUUACCUCAGCUAUUUGUUCUCACUGACAUUUCCCAAUGAUAAUCUUGUAAAACAGUGAUGGAAUACAUAUCGAUUCAGGCCAGGAUUUCUUUGAUAAACAAGGCUCCUUUUACUGUUAUUGUUGGGUAGGUUAUAAUUUGCCUUUUGUUGUUUUGUUUUUAUUUUCUGGCUUGAAAAGAGAACCAUAUGUGUGUAAUUUAUGUAAUGUCGAAGAUUUCAAAUAGAAAUUAAAAAACUGAAACUGAGAAACAGACUCUUAGCCGGUCA